AUGUUGAUCCAAAUUAGAGGAAAAAAUAAGAAUAUCAUCAAGGAGAACAACAAAACAGCAGUCACUGAGUUUUUCUUCUUAGGAUUUCAAGUUAGUCUGAGUUUAAGACUUUUCCUGUUCUGUCUGUUCCUUGUGGUUUAUUGUCUGAUAAUAUGUGGGAAUCUCCUGAUCAUCACCCUGGUGUCCACCAGCAAGAACCUCCACACCCCAAUGUACUUCUUCAUCUCACAACUGUCCAUCAGUGACAUCUUGUUAUCCACAGAUAUUGUCCCUAAUAUGCUCCACAUCCUACUGAAUAAUGGAGGGACCAUGACUUUUAUUGGUUGUAUCACUCAAUUUUACUUCUUCUGUGUCUCGGAAGCAUUUGAGUGUCUUCUCCUCACAGUGAUGUCUUAUGACAGAUAUGUGGCCAUCUGUAAUCCUCUCCGUUACUCCUCUAUCAUGACUAAUACACAUUGUGUGAAACUGAUUGUUAUCUGUUGGUUGUUUGGAUGCUCUAUUAUGUUCAUUUACACCCUUUCAACAGCAAAGCUAAACUUUUGUGGACCCAACAUAAUUGACCAUUUAUUCUGUGACCUCGUUCCCUUACUUGAUCUUGCCUGUUCUGACACGUACAUCAUUUACUUAGAGGUUUAUUUACUGAGUGUUCCAAUUGUCUUCAUCCCAACCACCAUCAUUGUUGUGUCUUAUACUUAUAUUGUUUCAACAGUCUUAAGGAUCCCAUCCAAUACUGGUAGACAGAAAGCCUUCUCCACCUGUAGCUCCCACCUCAUUGUGGUCUCCAUAUACUACUGGACUAUAUUCAGUGUUUAUGUUGUCCCAACAAAAGGCCGAACACUGACCAUGAGUAAAAUCCUCUCCCUGCUAUAUACUGUGUUUACUCCUUUGGUCAACCCCAUUAUAUACAGUUUGAGAAAUAGUGAUAUAAAAAAUGCCAUCCAAGAAAUAACUCAUAAGUUUGUCAUCUGGUAA